GGGGGGGCAGCUCAACUAAUCUAAGAACAUAAGAUCAAACACUUCAGAGAAAAACAAUUGUAACCAAUCAGAAUACAGUAUUGAGAUUAUCUUCAUCAAUCUGUAUAAAUAUCAGGCAUGUUCCUUCCACUCUUCAGACUUAAUGUCAGUGAUCUAUACAGCAUAACAAGCAUAAAUAAAGUGAAAGAUUCUUCAAAAUGGCAUUUCAUUGUGAAACCACUACUCCAGCAAGAUGUCUGUUUGAUACAGUCUACAGUAUGAACACUCCAGUCUGCAAGAAGAACCUGUUCCAGUCUCAACUAACAACACCAGCGGCAAACAGGGCACCAAAGAAGACCACAUUUGAAUCACCAUUCUCCAUCAAGAGCCUUCUGAACCUGGAUGACAGCAAACAGACUGUAGCAGCAUCAACACCACCAGCAACAGUGCACAGUAGCAUCAUGUCAGGCCUCGUCUCAUAUCCUGUCUUCAAUGAGUUAACCAAGACUCUCGCUGCAGAUAUCAACUCUUGCACUGUGCCAUCUCAACUGUUCCAGACAAUAUCGCCUCAGCAGACACCAGUGUCUAUCUGCACAUCUGCUCUGAAGAAUCGCUUCAACUUACUCAAGUGCCAGCUGCAAGACCACACCAAGCUGCUGGAAUUGGAAUCUUUCUACCUACAACAGUCUCAAAAGGUUGAGUACGAGUGUCACAGCCAUCUCUCCAACUGCCAUCCAGCACACCAGCACGCUAUCAACUGCCAGUAUGACCAUCAACUAAGCCUCCUAAUUGGCCGUGUAGAGAGCAGCCUCCGCAUCCUAGAAAGCUCCACCACCUUCAGAGACCCCAUCAGCCACGACCUGGUUAGCUUUGAGACAAGGAAUCAAGAGGAGGACUACACCAACCCAGGAAAUCCACUCCUGGCAUCUACACCAAAGAAGUGUUCCCUCAAGGCCAAGCGUCAUCAAGGUCAUCGUAAACCCUACAGUCGGCAAUCAAAAUGUGCAUUGGACAAUUGGUUCUCCAUGAACAUACACAACCCUUAUCCAACAGAGGAGGUAUGCUCCCAACUUGCCACAGAGACUGGACUUACUACAUCACAGAUUCGCAAGUGGUUUGCCAACAAGCGACAGAGGGGAGGUGUUAACAAGAAGCUGAUCAACCAUCUUACAACACAACACAGACAAUCUCACGAACUCUUUCCUUGUAAUAACCGAGUGCACUGAUCAACUUGCAUUGUGAUAAAUAUUGCCAAAUUGUUAUAAUUGUAAAUAAUGUUAAUUCAAUGUAAUACAUUGUUAUCUUUGUGUUGUUAUCUGCAAUAAAUUAUGAAAAUAAUCUUCACUGUUUUGUUUUUUGAAUUAAGAUAGGUUGCUGAAUCCUUGUCAAUGUUCUGGGUAUUGGUUACAUAAUAGCCAAAGAUGCAUGAUGAAGCUCACAAAAUUCACUCCCCCAAAUUUAUCAAUAUCCCAGAUGCGAGUAGAAAUAAUCUUGAUUUACGUCAUUAAAAAUUCACAAUUCAGUCAAACUGAUGUCAUAUUUUGAAUCUACAUGUAAAAUUACAUUCAGAAAUGUGGUUUUGAAAAGAGUUUAUCAACUUUGAAAAUUUAAUUUUCUUCGAAAAUGUGACUUCUAGGUCGGGAAGAUUCCCAAUAGACCCCAUGUUGUAAAACCACAAAAAGUGAAAUAUCUUUUCUUGUGUUGGGCAGAUAAUAUUUUCUUUUACUGGACAUAUGUUAAUUUGUAUAACUAUCAGAUACAUAAGGGUAAUAUGAAAAGUGAACCACUAAAACUGAUGCAUAUUUAAGUUUAAGGGAAUUUUGUAAUACCCUGCCAUGUUAAUUCCCCCGAAUCAGCCACCUUGUGGCGAAACUGGUUACUACCUAAUCGCAUCCGAGUAAUUGAUCCCCCAAAUUUUUUAGUUCAACACUGUUUUAGAAUGGAAUUGAACAUAGUAUGUUAAUUAAAAUUUUUAAUUCACCAAUAUUUUUAAUUGAUUCAAUUUAAUCGCAGUUGGAGAAAUGAUU